GAUAAAUAUAUGGCAGCGAUUUAUCAAGUUCGUUAAAAAAUGUAGACAAAUACUUAACUUUGGUUUCGUUUAAACUCAGGUAAAGUAGAAAUAGGCCUAGUUGCAUUGUUAGGUGGUGUAGAAUAUUUUCGAAUUUAUUUAAAUUUGGGUUGCUUUAAAUUAAUUAAAUUCGCUUCAAUUUCGACAAACUCAUUAUUUUGUCUAUAUGCUGAUACUAGAUCUGCAAAUACAAAAUUAUAAUCCAUGCGAAUGAACAUUAUUUUCAUUUUCGCCUUCUAUUUGAUAGAGAAUCUUCUGGAUUGAUCAGAACAAUGCGACCUUUCAUUACAUAUUUCUAUAUAAUAAAUUAACAAAAAUUACUUUAUUUUUAUUAUCCGAAUGAAUUAUAAAGUCUGUCGCUGGAUUACUAGGAAACUAAGGAAAUACUUGGUUAAAACAUUCGAUCGAACUUUUAAUAUUUAUCUAGAUGCUGAACGGCAUAUAUUCUAUUAACAGUUAUUUUUAUAUUAACAGUUCCUUGUUUCGACUAGUUCAAAUUUUCAUCGCCGAAACAAAUCGGUUUCCUUCUAAAUAAUCCAUCCUACUUGUGUAUUUCUAGUUCCACUUAUUUAAGUGUGUGUGUUUUGUUUCUUCGUGUAAUCUCUUCCACAUCAGAAGUAGUAUUCUAAUACAUCUUAGUCUAUCUUUGUAGAAAAAGAGCUGUAUUAUGUUUAGGACAAGGAGAUAUCUUUGGAUAACACUCUUCGUCUUAAUCGUUGCCUUGACGAAUGUGUGUAAAGCUGGUAAGAAUGUAACUGCUAUUAUUACAAUCACUAUAAUUAUUAUAAUAUUAUAGAGUUGAACAUCGUAAAUCAUUAGGGAGGUUCAGAUUUGACUAUUAAUACAGCUAUUAAUAAAUCAGAUGCGUUUAACUAACCUGGUUAACCAAUCAGAGGAUAAACACGCACUCUCUUAGUUUCCAAUUCCCUUAUAAUUAAUAAUCUAAGUUGGCAUAAGACAACGAUGUUAGAGUCUGAAAACUGUAGUUAGCUGUAUAUCUCUCGUGGUCAGCUUAUACGACAAGUUCAAAUUUGCCGGUCAUUUUCUUCAAAAGCUUAAUCGUUUAAUUGCCCUCCUCUUCAUUUGAAAAAGUUACUCCUCUUCAUACCAGAUCUUCUACCUGAUCAUUUUCUCUUCCAAUUCUACUCGUGGUCAAUUCUUUAGGCAUGUUAUCUUCCCAUGAUUACAUGUCAAAGCUAACGUUUAUGUAUUUUAACCCUCAUUGUCGACAUACUGAUGACAAAGGACCUUCGUUCGAAAUGGCUUUCGGACAGCUCUGAAAUAGAUCACGGUACAGUCAGUUAAUUAAUCGUAGAACACUUUUCGUACAUUGGGAUAAUUAACAUAAUUAUUAUGCAUAGUAGGCAGGCCAAUUGACCAUUUGCGUAAUAGACUAAAUUUUGAUCUAAACAAGUCUAGACAACAAUUUCAUCACAGCUUGAAAUAGCAUCACAAAAUUAGUAAUAUUCCAAAGUUUCGUUGCAAAAUGUUGUAAAAUGCGGAUAAUAUAGCUUUGCGAAGUUUGCAAUUUUCAGUCAUUUUAGAUUACAAACGGGAAAUUGACAGCCCCAGACCCUUCGAGGCUGUCAAUUUCGCGUUUGUAAUCUGAAACGACUGAAAAUUGCAAACUUCGCAAGGCUAUAUUUUCCGCAUUUUACAACAUUUCGCAACGAAACUUCGGAAUAUUACUAACUUUGUGAUGCUCUUUCAAGCUGUGCUGAAAUGUUUGUUGAGAUCAAAAUUUAUUCUAUUACGCAAAUGGUCAAUUGUUAUAGCUUCGCAAUUUGGUUCGACAGAACAGAAGUCAUCUAUCAAAAUGAUCAAAACUGUAAUUUUUGUAGAUACCAAAAAUCACACGACGAAUAAAGGUGUUAAUGUGUGCUUUUAUCUAACCUUAUAUAAAUCAUUUCUUUCUUUUAAUAUAUAUUUUUUCAUUAUAAACCAUGGAGUAUGUCGUUGUCGUAACAUUCGACUUUAAUUUUUCAGAUAAUCUUAGACGUAUUUUGGGAGAAAAAGUUAAUUAUGGUAAGCUGCAGUAUGUGCCAAUAUUAGAUAUUUCAAUUUAUUUAGGUACGUUACAGCCUGAUCAACUCAUAAUUAUAAUCGGUUGUUUUUCACAGGGCCGUGUUGAGAUAAAAGAUUACAUUAAAUAAUAUGGCAACAGGGUUAUAUAGUAUUUUCAAGUUGUAUAUAAAACUUUUGUUUAUUUCGUACUUACAAGUCAAGGUUUUGUGGAUUGAAUGACCGAGUCACCUUAAUUGAACUACGCAUGAGAAUUUACAUCAAUUCUUAAACCUAUUCCGUACCGGGUUUUUUUAUUAUUAAUUAAUGUUAAACAGAGUUUCUCAAUAGGCAAUUCCAGCUUUCAAUUUAUGCGCGCAGGGGGUAUUAUGCUGAUUAUGCUGAAAAAUUCCAAUACAAACUGCUGAAACAACCGAAAUAUUUCAAUAUUUACAAGUAUAGCUAUAUCACUCUGUGUUUACACGGCCACCAUUUUUAUUUUUUCAGCAUAAUCAGCAAUAUGAUACCUUACUUCACAAUCCCCCUUGCACGCAUAAACUAAAAGCUGGAAUUGCUUAUUAAAUAUUGAAUAAAACGCGUCAGUUCUGUUUCCUUUCUAAAAAAUAGCUGGCCAUGCCGUACGUGGAGUGAGGAAAACAACAACGUUGCACAAGAUUUGUUCCAGGUUCAGGAAACAUUCAAAACACGUAACGCACCAUACUAAUCUCAAAACUAGGAGCAUUAAACACACAUGCGGUGUGCUGUACGGGUACGAUGAACAGUACAACAAACAGUCAAAUAAAGUUGCUGAUGUCAUCCAGAACAGUCAUACGUCUGCGGCAAGUCUUAAGGAACAAAGAGAAAAACUUAUACGAGAAGUCAACAAACUUGCUAAACUAUCAGGGCCAUUGCCUAAGUUAAGGUUAGCAGGGUAAAUUAAUUACAAUCUUAUGAUUAAUUGAUUAUGAUAAUAAAAGACAAUACACUAUGAAUAAGAGUUUCG